AUGGGAAAUUUUUCUGAGGUUUUUGAAUCGGAUAUCGAAGAACAUCAAGAAAAAUGUUCAGUUUGUCAAAGGCCAUCCAGAGGAAAACACUAUAAUGUAAGUUAUACGUUAUGUUUAUUAUUUUGAUCGAGAAUUUUCUAGGUUUCCUGUUGUCAUGGUUGCAAGUCAUUUUUUCGGCGAGCCAUCACGGAAAAAUUAAAAUUCCCGAAAUGUCAAAAAGAAGAAACUUGUUCAUCAGACGCAACAAAAUCAAAUGAAAUCAUUAAAUGUCGAUUUUGUAGAUAUCAAAAAUGUUUUAAUGUUGGGAUGAUUCCCCAAUUCUCAACAAAACGUAAAAAGUCUGCUGAACAACUAGAUGAAAAACCUAUGCAUAUUGUUCAACUAGAGGUAGAUUUUUUCAACAAAAUGUUUUUUCUAGAAAUUAAUGUUAUUUUAAGAAUAAAAAUCCGUACUCAAUCAUGGCAACGUUAAAAAGAGAUUUAGCCUAUGUUGAUGAAAAAAUGGGAAAGUUGUAUGUGUCAACUUAUCACCCGGUAAUUCUUCCGGAUUUGAAAACACUUAUUGAGGAAACUUCGAAAUUUCACUUGGCUGAUAGAUUAGAUGUGAGUUAUUUUAAUGAAAUAAUAAUAAUAACAAGGAUCUCAACAAAAGUGUUUUUUAUUUGUAAUAAAAAUCUCCUAAAUAAUGAAUUUUUAAAAUUAUGUACUGUGCUACAACAAUCAGUUUUUUAUUUUUGCAAAUAAUCCCAGAAAAAAAGCAAUGUUAUUUUACUUCAGAAAAUGCCAGGUUGGCCUCUUGAACAAGAUGAAUACCUCCAAAAACAUCGCGCACUCAUGAUUCUCAAAAUGAAAAUGGAAAGCGGAGCUGAGCCAUUUCCAUCCAGCUCAACAGAAUUCACCGACAUCAAUGUGUAAGUAAAGUUUACAUAUAUAUUUUUUAAUUUUUCUACGUAUAUUUUAAAAAUUUCAGAAAAGAUUGGUUUCCAUUUGAUUUAAUGAUGACCAUUGAGCAUGCGAAAACUUUUCAAUUUUUCAACGAUUUGGAUAUUGCUGAUAGAAUGAUAUUGAUUCGUGAAACAUCUGUAAUGGUAGUUAUGAUAACAGUCACGUAUUUUUCAUACAAAGCAAAAAAAGAAUAUGUAUUGAAACCUGAUGGAGCAGCAAUUGUUGGCUCAUCGAAACAUCAUGUAAUUAAUUCAAUAUUAGCAUCUAGCAUGUGAGUUUCGAAUAUUUUCAAAUCAACAAUUCACCUUCUUCUUAUAGUCAGCAAAAUGAAAUGGAAAGAAAAUGGCAACAUGGUCGAAGACUAAUGUCAUUUCUUCUGCGAGAUAAACCAACUUACGAGGAAUUUCUAUUUUUGAGAAUGAUUAUUUUUUGUAACCCAGCUUCCGGAUUGUCAGAAAAGGCUGCAAAUAUUAUACAAAAGGAGCGUGAUAAAAUGGGAAAAUCGCUGUUCAAUUAUUGUUUGAUGGAAUAUGGAAAACAUGGAACAAUACGUUUUACGAAUUUAUUGAACUAUGUUAAUAUAUUUUUGGAUCAUCAACACGACUUUCGCAAUUUUGUAUUUCUGAGUCAACUAUUUAUGCCAGUCAAAAUGCCGCAAACAAGAACACGUCUAGUCAACCAAAUAUUGUGUAUUGAUCUCGAAUAA